GAUGCAUCGAGAAAAUGUCAACAACAUGCCGGAGUCUUCCAGAGAAACAGAAACUGAAGCAGGAGUGAGGGACAGACAACAAAGAGAACCAGGAAACCAGUCGUCUCACAACGUCGUGUCUGUGAUAUCACAGUUCGCAGACGAUAAUUUAACAUUUGUGCGGAACAUAAGCACUGGGCUGGCGAUUGCUGGUGUUCUCAUAAUAGCAAGGAGUAUCAAACUGAUCACCAAGUUUCAAGCUGCGUCUGAGAUCCCCGCUCGUUUUAUUGAGAGGAACGUCAGCCUUCGUGGGAAAGUUAAUUCGAUCACAGAGAAGGGACUUGAAGUGGAGCAUAUCCCAAUUUAUCUGCCGGUCCUCUCACCAUUACUAUCAAAGCACAAGGGUGCGUCCAUGUCUCCAUUGCUGGUGCAUCUUGCAGGCGUGGAGCUGACACCGGAGGGGAGGGUAUGGCUUCAGAAGAACCUGGUUCCCACCCAAACCGUUUGGCUAAAACUGAUCAGCCGUGAGGACGACAUACUGCACUGUCUGGUGUCUCAAAACAGGCAGGGGUCAAUGUGGAGCUACAGUAUGAAUGAAGAGGUCCUCCUGCUGGGUCUGGCUCGCACUGCACCCAUUGCAGUAAAGCCUGACUCUCACCUUUACUGGCGUCUCCACAAACGGCUGCACAGGGCAGAGGUCAAAGCCGAGAAGAAGGGGAGGGGUCUGUGGAAGGAGGACAGCCUAUGGGAAAGAGUGUCUAAGGCCGCCAAGGACAGCGCUUUAUACACACUGAUGAGGAGGAUCUUUAAAAGGACUUGACUGACUGAUCCAAGGCAGAAUCCAAAAAAGUUUGUUGUCUUUAAGUUUUGAAAAAAAAGUGGCAUCAGUUUCCAUAAUUUAUGGACACAUAUUUAUUUUAUGAGAUGGAGUUCCUGUACUGUACACAUCUGGUGUAGAAAGGGAGUUUUGAAAGCUUUAUGCUGAAAAAUUGUCCCAUGCUUUACUCUGCUGUCCUGUGGCACAGAUCCACUUCUCAGGCAACGAAAACAUUUUAAUUUGCCUGAUGUUACUUUACAUUCCUUAUUAUACCUGUGUCAAAAAGUUGAUGGUUCUGACUGUGUUUUCCAGUCUUUCAGAGUUUUCUAAAUGGUUAUCCUGAAAUCCUGAUACUAAUCCCUCAGCUUUCACUUACCCCAUUAAACCACAACU